UCUUAUCAGAAAACGGUGGAUGGCUUGCACGUUAAUUAUAUAUGUAUAUACAUUCAUACGUUCAUAGAUACCAAUGCCAAUUGGUCACCGGUUGAUUUCUCUAAUUUAGUGCUUUAAAAACGUUCAACCACUGCGGGUACAGCCGAUCUUUGAUAAUCCCUCUAGCAAAAUGGGUGGUUGUUGUAGUAAUCGUAAAUCGGUUGAUUUGCCAACGGUGCCCCCAGCGCCAGCAAAGCAGCGAACCACGACAUUACCGGAAUUUCCAACAGUUACAAACAAUAAUUCCGGCAUUUCUUCAUUGGGUGCAGGGGGAGUUACAAAUAGAGCACUUGAAGAGGAUUAGUCCUACAAGAAACGCAUAAAACAUGUGAAUUCAGAAAUAUGUGUUUAAUGUAUACUUAAU